ACUUAUGGUGGAAAUACUAAUAAAAUAAUGAAGCACGUUCCACAUCGAUCCGGUUUGAGGCAAUUUCGCGGUCCCCCAAUACGCUAUUGGAACUUGGAAACCAUUUUUCCUUUCCGAAAACGAGCGCAACGACAACGCUCUCUUUCUCUCUCUCUCUCUCUCUGUCUAAACCGAAAACUCUUGCUCUGUUUUCUUCUGGCUUCGCUAUGAGCUCAGACGCGAGUAGAGAACGAGGUGCACCAACCGUGGUGGAACUGAAAUCUCAAUAUAAACCACUUUUGUUUUUGGCAUACCAGAGUUUAGGCUUUCUUUUUGGUGACUUGAGCUUAUCCCCUCUUUAUGUAUAUCAAAGUAUAUUUUCUGGAAGGCUGAAACAGGUCCAAAAUGAGGAUGCAAUAUUUGGCGCAUUUUCUUUGAUCUUUUGGACUCUUUCAAUUAUUUCUUUGUUGAAGUAUGCCGUUAUCAUGUUAAGUGCAGAUGAUAAUGGUGAAGGGGGAAUUGUUGCUUUGUAUUCACACUUGUGUAGAAAUGCAAAAUUUUGUUUGCUUCCUAAUCAUCAAGCUUCUGAUGAGGAGCUUUCUACAUAUUAUAAACCUGGUUCCUCAAAUAGAAAUAUACCACCCUCGCCUUUGAAAAGAUUCAUUGAGAAACACAAGAAUACAAAAAUUGCGUUGCUUAUUUUUGUUUUGUUGGGUGCUUGCAUGUUAAUUUGUGUUGGCGCACUCAUGCCUGCCAUUUCAGUUCUCUCAUGUGUUCAAGGGCUGAAAAUUGAAGCAAAGAUUACAAACAAUAGUACAGUGUCUCUUAUUUCUUGCGUUUUACUGAUUGGACUCUUUGUUCUACAACACCGUGGCUCCCACAAGGUUGCAUUCAUGUUUCCUCCUAUAAUCAUCGUAUGGUUGUUGUCUAUUUUCAUGAUUGGCAUUUACAAUGUCAUCAAGUGGAAUCCAAGAGUAUAUCAGGCUCUUUCUCCAUAUUAUAUGUACAAGUUCUUUAGGCUUACAGGAAAAAAUGGUUGGACUAAUCUUGGAGGAGUAUUUCUGUGUGUUACAGGAACUGAAGCUAUGUUUGCAGACCUAGGGUACUAUAGGCAAGCACCUGUAAGGGUUGCAUUUUAUUGUGUCAUUUACCCAUGUCUAGUUCUUCAAUAUAUGGGGCAGGCGGCUUUUCUUUCAAAGAAUUUAUCUGCAGUGCCUAUAAGCUUUUAUGCUUCUAUACCAGAUUUUCUAUUUUGGCCAGUAUUUGUGGUGGCUGCUUUGGCAGUAAUAGCUGCAAGUCAGGCUGUCAUCUCUUCAACAUUUUCAAUUGUCCAACAAUGUCAUGCAUUUGAAUGUUUCCCUCGGGUUAAGGCAGUACAUUCCAGAAGGUGGAUCAAUGGCCAGACAUAUAUACCAGAGAUAAACUGGGUUCUUAUGAUAAUCAGCCUGGCUGUGACAGUUGGUCUAGGAGACAUGAACCAUACAGGAUAUGCUUAUGGGAUUGCAUAUCUGAUUGUGGUUUUUGUGACCACAUGUUUGACAUCACUAGUCAUCAACCUUGUAUGGCAUCAAAGUCUCAUUGUCGCCCUGGCAUUUGCUUUAUUCUUUGGUUCGAUAGAGAUUCUCUUCCUGUCAUCGUAUUGCAUGAAAAUUCCUAAAGGUGGCUGGAUUCCACUCGUGCUUUCUGCUGUCUUCAUGGUUGUUAUGUAUGUGUGGCACUAUGGUUCUCGGAAAAAGUAUGUAUUUGACAUGCAUAACAAAGUUUCAAUGAGGUCAAUCCUUACAUUAGGUCCUAGUCUUGGGAUUGUUAGGGUUCCAGGAAUGGGCCUUAUCUACACUGAAUUGGCUACUGGAGUCCCUGCCAGUUUUACUCAUUUUUUGUCAAAUCUACCAGCUUUCUACCAAGUGGUUGUUUUUGUUUGUGUUAAGACUGUACCUGUGCCUUGCGUGCCACAUGUGGAACGUUACCUCAUUGGCCGAAUUGGUCCCAAAUCUUACAGAAUGUAUCGGUGCAUUGUUCGAAAUGGGUAUAAAGACGUGUAUACCCAUGAUAAUGAUUUUGAAAAUGACCUGGUGAUGAGCAUAGCAGAAUUCAUUCAAUUAGAAGCAGAGGGUUGUUCUGGAACUGUGGAUGGUUCAGUGGAUGGCCGGAUGGCAGUGGUUAGGACAUCUGGGAAGUUUGGGACAAGAUUGCGAAUGUUGGAAUCUGCUGGUUUUGAAGAAGGCAGCAGUGCUGGUCUUCCUGGAGCUUUGACUGUUACUAGCAGUAAAUCCCCGACAUUAAAGAAGCUGCAGGCCAUGUAUGAGCAUGAAUCACCCGAACUCAACACUAGACGACGAAUUAAAUUUGAAUUGCUAAACAUAAUAUAUAAAGAUCCACGUGUCAAGGAGGAGCUCAUGGAACUUGUAGAAGCCAAGCGUGCUGGAGCAGCGUAUGUAAUCGGUCAUUCUCACGUGAAGGCUAAGUGGAAUUCAUCGUUUGUAAAGAAGUUUGCUAUCAACCUCUACUCUUUUCUCCGAAAAAACUGCCGGUCCCCUGCAGUAGGACUAAACAUUCCUCAGAUUUGUCUGAUUAAGGUAGGAAUGAAUUACCAUGUUUAGCUUGAGUCAGUGACAAUAUUUUGUCUGGGGAUGUAAUUUAUGCAAAGCCCGAAUAGAAUGCCCCUUGGGCUUUCACGACUGGCAAGAUUAUGCUACUUUGGCAGAUUCAACUUCAAUGGAUUUCACUCAAGAAUCUCCUCUUGCCAUGUUUGAAGAAAGAGGCGCAUCUAAUUGCCAAGAUGUUUUGAUUUUGUGAUGGGCCUGGCAAGGUAUGUAAAUUACUAAAUUGGUUGAUAAAGAGUUUUUUUUUUUUGGGGGGGGGGG